AAUUCCGCCUUGCACCUCACCUCCCCUCUCCUCUCCUCUCCUCCACCCAACCCUUGCUGUCCCCUUCUUCUCUUUCACUGAAUCCUUGUUGGAAACACAUACCACCGCCGCACACACUUCCUGGCUUUGCUCUUUGACCUAUCAUUGCUACCAGCCGCUCUUCGCCAGGGACGACUCCAAUCAACGCCAGCGCACCUCAUCACCCCGAUCGGCUUUCUGGCUUCUCUCAACCGUCGGCGGUCCCUGGAUUCUCUUCCUCUCUGCCGCUCUCACUUGGAGUGGAGACAUUCAUUUUUCAUGAUCAUCGUACUCUCUCUGCGUUGUCGCUGACUCCAUGUGCUUCAGUUUCACCGACUGGACCUCGUGGACUCUUAUCUGAUUGGGCAACCGAACUCCACUUCGACAUCCUUAACUGAGACCGCUCGUGAAAUUGAUUUUCGGAGAUUUCCAAAAGCAACCUGGAGAAUGGGAAGAAGGCUCGGACACAGGCUGCUGAUGAUUUUCAUCCGUCGCUGAUUUCCGGCCCUCUAGUUUGAGUUUAUCGCUGUCAUCAAGCCGUUCUAAGAGUUGUUCGGGUGUUGCAGAGCUCAUACAGAUUCCCAAACGAAGCCUAAAUGAAUUGGAGAGUGGGAUCACAUUGUGCCUCCAAGCUUAAGGAGUUGUCUACUACAAAGAUACAUCCAAACCAUGCUCUUGACAAUGCAAAGUUUUGCCUCUUUCACAACAUCCACUCUCAAACAGGUUUUCCUUCAACUGCAAUGUUGUUGCAGCACAAAGGUCUAGCACUGGAUACUGCACCGCCACUUGAUUCUCAAAAAACCCUCAUCUCAUCAACAAAGUUAUUUUGGCCAAAACAGUGUUCUUUCACUGUAUAUCGACAUUAUGGACACAACAUUGAGAAGGAUCCUCAUCUGACUAGAGAUUUUCUUUCACAGCUUUGGGUUUCAGAUUGGAAAAUAUACAAGGCCAGAGAGAAAAGAAGACGUAGACUUCUUAAGCAUGGCAGUUAUGGUGGGUCUCUAUUUUCUUUUCAACAGUCACUUGCUAGAUUGUUUUCAGAUCCAACGGUGGUAGAUGAAAAAUCUUAUGGGCAAGGUACGCCACCUUUCAAGCAACUACCAAUCAGUCAUUCUAUCACAGGUUUUCUAGAGCCAGCAUCACCUGAGGAGUUUCUGGUAGCACCUCUUCUUGCUAGGUCCAAUUUGCUUAUUACCCGUGACAUUGAAUGGGCAAAUCUUGUAUUUGGUUUUGAACAGGAGAACCGCUAUGCAAUUGUUGAUGUCUGCUACCCACAAUCACCUGUUGGUUUUAUUCGUGAACAAAGUAAUGUGAUUGCCAGACAGUUGCUCCGCUUAAGGCGUCCAUUUGUUGCCUACAUUUCUGAUGCCCUGGGUAUUGAGAUUUUCAGGGUUCGUAGGCCCUUCUGGUGGAUUAACAGCUCAAUCUAUGCAGAGAUUGAUGGUAAGGAAAUUGGGGUGGUUCACAGAAGAUGGCAUCUUUGGAAGAGGGUGUAUGAUUUGUACUUGGGGAAUAAGCAGUUUGCAGUGGUUGAAAAUCCUGGCUUUUGGAACUGGACUUUCACUUUGAAGGACAUUGAUGGGCAGGUGCUGGCUCAAAUUGAUCGUGACUGGAGGGGAUUUGGCUUUGAGAUCUUUACCGAUGCGGGUCAGUAUGUGAUACGAUUUGGGAGUUCUGAUCCUAGCAUCAAGACUGGCCUCGCAAGCAAGAUAGAAGAGUUGGAUGUCAUUCGACCACUGAGUCUGUCAGAGAGAGCUGUCACUCUUGCUCUUGCUAUAUCUCUGGAUAAUGAUUACUUCUCAAGGCAUGGAGGAUGGGGAAUCCCUUUUGUUGCUGUUGGUGAGUGAGUCUUUAGGGGAAUGUCAAGUGUGUUUCACCCUUUCUGUUGAAGAAAAACUUAACAGUAAUCCUAGUCUCGAGAAGAUUUACAUUCUCAGUCUUCGGCAUUCACUCUUAUCCAUAUCAGCAAAUCAGCAAUUGAAGAUUACUAUUGCUUUUAUGACUGAUGUUUUAAUUAUCCAGUGAAUGGUGCAUUCAUUUUUAUUACUGUAUUUCUACAGUCUUCGAGUUUAUGCUACUUCUGACACCCAUGAAUGAUGUCCCGGCGGCGCUAAGAGCACGAACAAAGGUGUUUUUUAUUUUUUAUUUUUGUUUUUUUUCUCAAAAAAAGAACAGAGACAUAAUUUUU